UCUCUAUCUCUCUGCAACAUUAUUGGGCUCUCUUUUCUUCACCUUUAUUCUGGACUUUCACAUUUGGGAAACAGCUGCAAUCCUGUCAAGAACUACUUCAUCCAGAUUCCAGAUAAGAGAUAAGAUCAAUGGGAAAUCUGAACAGUAUUUCUACUGGGGUGCGGAGGAAGAGGAAGAAGAAGAAGAAAAGCAGGGUACUUGCACAGAAAGCCAAUGGUUUAUAUGAACCCCAACAACACAGCAAAUCAUGAUCAUGAAGGAAUAAAGACAGUUGGGGCGGAUAAUCUAUGCGAUUUCUCGAGCAGUUCGGAUCUCUGCCUUUGCAUCGUUACAUGGAACAUGAAUGGGCAGGUGUGUUACGAAGAUCUUGCAGAAAUGGUAGGGAGCAGAUCACGAAAGUUCGAUCUUCUGGUUAUAGGGUUGCAGGAGGUUCCCCGGAACAACAUUUUACAGCCAUUGCAGGCUGCUCUUGUGGAAACUCACAUUCUGUUAGGAAAAUCAAUUAUGCAAUCUCUGCAGCUGUAUGUCUUUGGACCAAAGAAGUACUCAGAUUUCUUCAGCAAAGAAGUACUUCAGGUAGAUAAGCAUUCUAUUGGGGGUUUUGGGGGAUUCAUUGGGAGAAAGAAAGGUGCUGUGGCAAUUCGCAUCAACUACAAAGGCAUCCGAAUGGUGUUCAUUUCAUGCCAUCUCUCUGCUCAUGCACGUAGAAUAGAAGAGAGAAACUCGCAGUGCAGGCACAUGUCACACUCACUCUUCUCCAAGAACUGGAACCCUUAUGCCAGACCUGCUCACAUCACUAUCUGGUUAGGAGAUCUCAAUUACAGAAUACAAGGCAUCGAUACACAUCCAGCAAGAAAUUUGAUACACCAAGACCUUCACAGAAUGCUCGUAAGCAAAGAUCAACUCUUACAAGAGGCUGAAAGAGGACAUAUUUUCAAUGGCUACUGCGAAGGGACAUUGACAUUCAAGCCAACCUAUAAAUAUAAUGUUGGAAGUAGCAAGUACGACACUAGUUACAAGGUAAGAGUGCCAUCAUGGACAGAUCGAAUAUUGUUCAAGAUAGAAGACAUGGAGAAAAUCAAUGCCAACUUACAUUCUUACGAGUCAAUGGAUGAAAUAAUCAGCUCUGAUCAUAAACCAGUUAAAGCUCACAUCUGUUUAAAACUUAUUAACAAUAAACAGUAGACUGACUUUUCUACUGUUCACUGAGGUUUUUUUUUUAGUUAUUAUUCAUACAACUGAUGUAAAUUAAGGACACAUAUUCAUACCGUUGAUAUAACAAUACUUGAUUUGUAGGAAAUAU